GUUUUGACAUGUAAUCAAAGAUAGUGUGGUCUGAGGUCACUUUGAUCGCUUUCAAAGAGUCUUUUAGACUGCAUUCACUGAUGGCCUUGAACAAUGAUAAAAGUUUUGAUGGAUACUCUCUGUUGUUAACAAGCCCUUUAUGAUCACAGUCGGUUAUUUCAAACUUUCUAAUUUUAAAUUGUGUGCCUGGGCUAAACUUGAUUCCAUCAAAUUCUAGCUCUGAGUGAUCCAGAAUAAUGUAGUCCAUGUUCCUUGCACUAGUGAUUAAUCUUUGAAGUGAUUUUCUUGAGAUUUUGAAAGAGCUGAGCACCAAGCAUCCAGCUCUGCCAACAAUUGCUCUACAGAAAGGAGCUAUGACUUUAUUAAGGUUCAAUCCCCUUGAUUUGUAUCCAUAUAUUACACAAGAGAUGGGUUUCUUUUACAUAAAUUUGUUUAACACCAGACUAAGAGCAGCCUUUGAUUUAUGGCAAGAAUGAAAGGGGAGAUACUCUGUAACUCCUCAUAAAAUUUACAAGUCUCUCUCCCUUUUAAAAUAAAUAAAUUUGAACUUAACUUCCCAUAAAUAGCCAAACUGGAGACUUUUCAUCAGCUAGACAGAGAGAACAUAUUCAUUAUGAAAGAAAGCGAAGAAGCCAUUACGAUCUCCAUCAGUGGGACUGAGGUAAUAAAAUUUAUCUCUAAUUAGCUGGACUAUUUUCUUCUCUCCAGUCAUCUCUUGUCUUAUGAGAACUCUCUCGCUUGAUCUAGCGUCCAUAUCUG